CUAGGACAAUAACCAUAGCAACGUGGAGUUUGGUAAUAAGUGCUUGCUUGCCAAAUAGCUCGGUUUUAUGAAGAAUGGAGAAGAUAAAGAUUGAUAAGAAAGCGUCGCAAUCAUUGGAUAAAUAUUUGGAAUACAGAAGGAUUGUGGGUGAUGAGGAUGGAGGUACACUAUUCACUCAGGCACAAUAUGAGCAGUACAAGAAGAGGGUCGUUCCUCAGAGGAUGAACAACAGACUCUAUGUGAGCUUCGGGGUACCAGGAGAAGGACUAGAGUGCAAGCUGGUCGGACCUGAAACUCAAUGCUUCUGCUCCCACAGAUACAAGCAGCACAGGACAGACUUUGAAGUGCUUUCGUCGGGGGCCCCUCUAGCCCUGCCUUGCCAGGUUAAGGGUUGCCGGUGUACAGCCUACCAAUAUGUUGCCCUCAGCGGCUCUCAGCCGGCUCGCUGCAGGUGUAAACACAAGGCAGAGGAUCACAGUGAGGCCGGCAGACAUUUUUGCAACAUGUGCGCUUCCUGUUCUGGGUUCCAGAGCCCCUACACCUGUGGUUGUGGCCAACCCAGCUACGCCCACCACACACUGGUGGAGACCAGGCAGCAGAGGCUGGCUGAGGGGAAGCCGGUGGGGAGGGAUGUUCCCUACAAGGCCAUGGGGGGCCUGACAGGCUUCAGUUCUCUGGCUGAUGGUUACCUCCGGCUGGAUGCCCACCAGGGUCCAGAAAAACCGUCCGCAUCAGAGACGAGGAGGGAAGAAGAGGAUGACAUGUCGUACUUUGAGAGGCGGUACCAGGAGCGGUUGAAGGCUGACAAAAUAUCCAAAGGUCUGAGGAUCAAAGAUGUGCGUCAAACAUCUAGAAUUACGGUCAGCACGGGACACAAAGAUGACCAUGGCCCAGCUGACCUCCAUUCAAACAUCAAGCAGACUAAUGGCUGUGGGCAUUAACAUUUACCAUGUCAAACUGGUCACAGCCUUGGAAAUAAAUUAAGAUCAAAACA